GGGCUUAGGACCAAAUAGCAAAUUUUCCUUUCAUAAAUGGAGAAAUCAGAACAAGUUAGUGAUGCGGAGGCCAUUACCAAUCCUUAUCCUCCCCCUUACAAACUUCUGUUAAAAUGCCCGUUUGGUCUAUCCCCAUCUCAGGUUUUUGUGGAUUUCAGUUCAACUCAUGAUAGAAUUCCACAUUCUGACCUUAACCUAGAAGAAUCCAUACUGGAGAUUUGGGAUCAACGCCUCCAGCAAAAACCUUCCUUAUUCAAUGGAACAAAGUUUAGAUAUGGAGGUCAUGCGGUGCACGACAUGGAUGAUCCCAACCAACACACUGUUGUAUCUCUAAACUUAGGUUUAACAGAUUACAGAACAUUUGUGGGGACAAAUUUAAGUUCUUCAUGGGAGAAGUUUCUUGUUCCUUCUGAAGACGACUCCAAACGUUGUCAACAUACCUCAAAUCCAUUGGGGAAUGGUGCAGUCGUAGAGACUGCCGAUAGAAAUAUUCUUGUAUUGCAAAGAAGCCAUAAUGUAGGGGAAUUUCCUGGAUACUUUGUUUUUCCAGGAGGCCAUCCAGAGCCUGGAGAGGUUGGAAUUUCAUCCCAUCAACAUGAGGGAAGCAUGUCAGAAUCUGCGGUUAUAAAUAGAAAGGUUUCUCAGGAGAUGUUUGACAGCAUUAUAAGGGAAGUAGUUGAAGAAAUUGGAGUACCUGCUUCUUCUCUUAGCAAUGCUGUCCUUAUUGGCAUAUCACAAAGGGGGUUAAAUGUUAGACCAACGGCUUUUUUCCAUAUGAAAUGCAAUCUUGAGUCAAAAGAAAUCCAUCAACUAUAUUCUAGUGCACAAGAUGGCUAUGAGUCAACACAGCUUUAUACUGUUUCGCGGAGUGAGUUGGAGAAGAUGGCUGCAAAAAUGCCUGGCUGCCAUUGGGGUGGAUUCGCUCUGUAUGACUUGGUGUCAAAAACCGUGAAGGAUAUAUGAGCAAAAGAAAGGACCUACGACAUCUCUAAUCAGCUGAAGUGGUAUUUGAUGUUAAUUUCAUGGCUUCUUUUAUUUUACUUUCCAAGUCAUGUUGAAACCUUAUACCUUCUCAUGUGUGUUCUCAUUUUCUCACUCAGAAAUACUUUUCAUGUAUUCCCAUGUUCUUGUCCAACUCAUUUGAGUGAUUGCAGACUUAUAGUCAAUGUCUACCUCCACGAAAUCGUACGAUCAGUAAAGACUUACCAAGAAAGCGUUUUCCCUCGUUUUGAGUAUCUCUCUAUUCCUGAAAUAUGAGGGUGCAUGCAU